GCGACAGAUAAAAAAACUCACACUAUUUCUAGGUCCCUGAAUUUAAGAAAAUAAACACAUGUUCAGCAAUAUGAAGGUUACCAACAAACUUGACAUUCGUCAUGUUUUAUUGGUCAUAUUUCUUUUGGUUUUGUUGUACUGGCUUUUAAUGACAGGACCUGAGCAAAAGAAAAGCGAGAUAAAGGAGGGAGAGAAAAGUGGAAUAACGAUUGUGGAGUUGCAGGCGAAGAUUAAUGAAUUGCGAGAGCAUGAAGCGAUUCUAAAAUCUAGUUUUGAACAAGAAAAAGAAGAACACAAAGCUGAAUUAGGCAAAGCACAAAAUACAAUAAAAAUCUUAAAAGAGAAUCUACAAAAAAGCAAAAAAAUGGAUGAUCUGGACAAAAAAAUCAAUGAAAAUUCCAUAAAAUCAGAUGCUUUAGAAAAAGAAAAUAUGGAAUUAAAAGAGAAGUUAGCAGCCAAAGAUAAAACUACACAAUUAGUUCAACAAGUGACUACCAAACCAUUUGUUGGACUAAAAUUAGUUCAUUUUGACCUAAAAGGUGCCCCACCAAAGGUUGAUUAUUUAAUAAAGGUAAUGCAGCUAUCAAAAUCUUAUGGUGCCAAUGGUUUCUUGAUUGAAUAUGAAGAUAUGUUUCCUUGGAAGGGAGACCUUCGGAUGUUGGCACAAAAAAAUGCAUACUCAGAAAAAGAUAUCAAACAUCUUUUAAAAAGUGCAAAGGAGCAGGAUUUAAUUGUAAUUCCUCUGGUGCAAUCUUUUGGUCACUUGGAAUUUGUUUUGAAGCAUAAAACUUUUUCGCAUCUAAGAGCAAAUAAGGAAAUUACAAACUCUGUUUCUGCUUUAAAUAAUGGAUCAGUUGGACUUGUAAAAAGCUUGAUUGACCAGAUUAUUGCAUUACACCCAGAUUCAAAAUAUAUACAUUUAGGUGGUGAUGAAGUGUGGAACAUGAAAACAUGUGAUCAGUGUCUUAGUAGCAAUAUGACUGACACAGAACUUUUUAAACAUCACAUGAUACCACUUUUUAAGUACUCUCAAACAAAAAAAAAUUUUAAUGGUGAAAAACUUCAGCCAAUUAUUUGGGAUGAGAUGAUGAGGAAGUGGUCUGUCAAAGACUUGAAAGAAAUGUCAAAAUAUGUCACACCUAUGGUAUGGGCAUAUGUUGCAAAUUUAGACAACUACAGCCAUUUUCCAGAUGAUAUUUGGAAACGCUAUUCAGAAGGUUUUCCUGAAAUAUGGUUGGCUAGUUCUUUUAAAGGUGCCCUUAAACCAUGGUCCAAUUUUGUUCCAAUCCAACAGCAUCUAAAUAACCAUCUAUCUUGGUUAAAAAUAACAACCACUUUGCAAGGAAAAGGAAUAAAAGUAACAGGUAUAGCACUUACAGGUUGGAGUAGGUUUGAUCAUUACGGCCCUUUAUGUGAGCUACUUCCAGCAGGCAUACCAUGUUUAGCUCUGUGUUUAACUGUGCUAAGCAAAGGCAAGUUUGAUGACAGGAUUCAUGCAGAUGUUUCAGAAAGGUUAGGGUUUACUAAAGUCUUCAAGAUUGAUGUUACAAAUUUCAAAGGAUAUACACCAGAAGAAGCAAAGUUCCCUGGAGCAGAUGUAUACAAAUUGGCCGGUGGUGUUGAAAAUGCAUUGGGGUGGCGAGAUUGGUCAUUGGUGCGUGAGAUCGGUUGGACACGCCCGUUUCAUUUAAAACGUAAACAUGCUGGGUUCUUUGCAUUAAACACAACUAUUAGUGGGUUAAAUAAAAGUAAUUUACUGUUACGUUCUGUGAAAGAGAAAGCCCGUGAUUUGCUGAUCUCUUAUUUUGAGGAUGAUGUUAUUGAUGAAUGGAUUAAAGACAAAAUUGAUCACUAUGUGGACCUUAGUAACAUGACUAUUGAUAAAGUGCAAAAAAUCAUGAAAAAAAUGAUGUUUGACUAGAUUUUUUUAUGAUUUUUAUAUUAUAUCUACUUUUAAUUUUGUCUAUGUUGGUCACAUAAUAUUAUAUUAUAUUCUUUUCAUCCUUUGCCCUUUAUCAUGGUCAAAUUUAAAAAAAAAAGUGAUUUAGCUUAUGCAUUCAAUUUUAAACAAAAACUUAGAUUUUACUCCUCAAAAUCCAUUUCACAUAUUUUCACUGGAUAUUAUAUAUGCCUUGAAAUAAGUAAAUUUUGUGUUGUAAUUUUGUGGUGUGUCAGAUAUAUUUUUAGCUUGUAAUGGGUGAUAAGUAGCGAUGAUUUUGUCUUUCAUAUAAAGUCUUUCGAGUCUGUGGAAGAUGUACGGCUGACUAAAUACUUAUCGUUUAUUUCAUGUUUUUGCACUACACCCUUUACAUACCUGCCACAUUUACACGAUCAUGUAACAUGCAUAAAACAAUUAUGAUCAUGUAGUGCCAGUUGUAUGUGGUAGUACAUGUUUUUAUGUAUUUUUUUCUUCAUAUUUAACCAUAAAUGACACUGAACUUGCAACUGCUGUUAUAAUUGCACAGAAUGGAAAAAAACGAAGAAUGUUGAGUGGCUUGCUUGAUAGGUGCAGCUUGAGAUUAUUGUAUUUCAACAGCACUUUUUGAGAUAUUUCUUUUAUACUCCUCUAAGAUAAUUUUCCACUAUCAAAUCUAUUGAUUAAGGAAUUGUGUCAUUUCAAUCCCUCUUUGCUGACAUUAGUCUCACACAAAGACAAAUUAAUCUCAGUACAAUAAAGUUGAUUACGUUUUUUCUUGAAAUUUUAGCAAAAGAAACAGACAGUUUUAGAAAAUUUGCAUCAUAUAUUAAACAAGCUAUUUUUUUUUUAAUUUGAGUUGUAUAAUUCUUUGGAAAUAGGGAUAUGGAAAAAAUAGUUUGGGUGAUUGUAAGACAUCUUGUAUGGUGAUUACGUUGUGUAUAUUAUAACUAUUUUAACUAAAAAAUUUUGUGUGUUAAAUUUAAUAAGAUGUAUUUAUCCAAUAGUAGAUGUAAUGUUUACUAUUUUGUUAGAAACAAUACACGUAAGGGGUGCACAUUAAUACAGGAAGAUUUAUUUA